AGUGGGAAGAGCACAGACAGACCCCUCAGUGUGGUGCCCUCUGCCGCUGCAUCCGCAGGCUUCCUGCAGACCAGCACCAGCUGGGGGGUGGCCGGGGCUGCGGCAGGCGCAGAGCAAAGCACCAGCUUUACACCUCACUGCUGCCUGUGUAUUACAGCCCACUCUGCAAUGAGCUCUGCUCACCCCAGAAACUGUGACCCAUUCUUCAGCCCCUCCACCUCCAACCCAACUCUCCAGCACCGUGCGUGGGAAUCGUCCUGAGACCCAACCGCGAUGGGUGCAACUGCUGCGACCACCCCACUCCCUAAAAACUGCCGUUGUGUGAAUGCAUUGAAUUGAACACGAGGGCCGAUGUGGGGGAGUGCAUCCUAGACAGGAUUUUGUUUCACUGUUGUUUAAAAAGGGAAGGCCGGCAUGUGCAGGCUUGCCUGAUGAAAGAGCACCUGCCCAGCAAAGCACUGCUGGGGAGCGCUGGAGGAACAGGCUGCUUUUGUGCAGAGGGGCCGUUACCGGACAGCAGGGCAGGAAUGCAGUUACACCAGUGGCUGCCUACUGCUGCCAGAGCCAAAGGACCCACAAGCACCGUGCGGGACCCAGCACUGCAGGGAGGUCUGCGUGCAGGCAGCACCGCCUCGGCUGUCCUGGAGCAUGAACCUGCAGACCUGGGGCUGCUCCUGGCAUGCGUGCUUUUAGAGCAAUGCUGCUGGCUUGCAGAGCAGCAUGGGGAGCCUCGGGUCUGACACCUACCUGGAGAAACUUCUGCAAGGCAUCAGCAGGCUUCGCGCCCAGAAAGCACUGUGCGAUGUAACACUGGAGGCAGAAGGGGUUUGCUUUCCAGCACACAAGAUCAUUUUAGCAUCAGCAAGUAAUUACUGCAAGAUUCUAUUUGUUGGGAACGCGACAAGGACAGGGAAUGUGGAUGGAAGCAUUCGUCUCGAUGCUGUCAGUGCCGCGGGGCUGAGCAACGUCCUCAGCUUCAUUUACUCCAACAAAUUAGAUCUCUCCUUACAGAACGUGGAGGAGACAUUCAAGGCUGCAGAAGCCCUGCUGGUUGGAGAGGUGAUCAGCCUGUGUUUCCGAUUUCUGGAAAGCUGCUUGAGCGGUGAGAACUGCAUGGACAUUCUACGCAUUGCCAAAAAACUUGGCCCCGCACAGCUGAGAGAGAAGGCCAUGCGCUGCGUAGGGCAGCAUUUCAAACAGCUCCUGGCCAAUCCCCAGAGCCUGAAGGAUCUUGACAGAGGAACCCUCUGUGAAAUCUUAGACAGGACCACCACAGAGGGGAGCAGUGAGCUGGAGCUGCUCAGAGCUGCUGUGAGCUGGCUGCAGCACGACCGCAGGCGGCUGCAAUACAUGGGGGACAUUUUAAAGCGCAUCAGAUUCCCUCUCAUUCCUUUCCGCGAUCUGCAGCGCUACAUCCAGGAAAUCCCUUUGAUGAGGCUGGACUGGGGCUGCUGCCGGCUCCUCCAGGACGCCCUGACCCCCCACCUCCAGCUCUGCACCCGGCCGUCCCGGCAGAGCCCACACACCGCCCUCCGCUCCGCUUCCCCUGCACUGCUCAUCGCUGGCGGCAGAACCAGCACCAACAGCAUCUGCAGGGAGAUGUGGGCUGCAGAGCAGAGCUGCGGCGCCUGGCGCAAAGUCGGGGACCUCUGCGUGCCCCUGUACAACCACUGCAUAGUUGCCAUCGAUGACCUCCUCUUUGUCUUGGGGGGGCAGAGCACAUUCGAUCCCACAGGAAAGCAGCCAUCAAACGAGGUGUUCCGCUUCAACCCAUGCGAUGCUUCCUGGCUCCGGCUCGCCAGCAUGCUGCAGCGGCGAACGCGCUUCCACGCAGACGUGCUGUCUGACCACAUCUUUGUGGUGGGGGGUGGGACGCUGCUGGGGACCCUCACCCACACCGUGGAGUCAUACCAGCCAGCUGCCAACAAGUGGGAGUUUGCAGCUCCCCUCCCCAUCCCUAUUGCUGACCACGCAGGCGCAACCCACAAGGGAAUCCUCUACAUUUCAGGCGGUUUCUCAGCAGGCAGAACCUUAGCAGACACCUUCAGCUUCUUCCCUCGCCUCCGGCGCUGGAGGCACAACUGUGCCAUGACCUUCCCCCGCUGUGAUCACGGGAUGGCUGCCACCAAAGAUGGCAUCUUUUGCAUCGGAGGAAGGACGCUGAAAGGAGUGAAGCAAUGGAUUCACGUCAGUGAGACGGAGUGUUACUGCCCUGUCAGCGAUCAGUGGACAACGCUCACGCUGUCUCCGUUCAGCCGCUGCCAGUUCAGCAUCACAGCCCACGGGUCGAUGCUUUACCUCACGGGGGGUGGAUUGCUGCAGCACAUGCAAAAAGACAACAGCAUUUUCCUGUACGACACCAAAGGGCAGGUAUGGAAGAAAGCCAGCUCCCUGCCUCGAGCUCUGGUUGAUCACGCCUCCUGCAUGAUUAAGCUGCCCCAAGCGAACGCAGGUGGUGAGCUGGGGAGAGGCUCAGAGUGCUGCCUCACCAGCGGAAGGGAGAAACCAAGCCUCAGCUUGUCAGCUGCUAAGAGGAGAAGUAGGAUGUGGAAAGCUCAGUCAGAUGGGACAGCAUUUGCCAAGACCUGAGUAUCUUACCUACCUGUCUAGCUCCCCAAACGGUUUUAGCUGUGAUUUUGAAUUUAUACUCCUGAAAGAACUUUGGAAUCAGCCUCUAAUAUUUUCCUUACUAACACUGCUGACUGACAAAUUAAAUACUCGUGUAGGUAAUUAAGACUGUCUUGCCACUCAGUUAGAACUGCAACUGCAGGGCCCUGUGACAACAGCCUUGCCCUCAACCAGCAGAGAACCUCCUUCAGUGAUUGCGACUCGACCAGUAACUGCUCCAACCAGAGCCUGGGUAAACCCAUCAGAACGGAGUGCCUGGGAAGUCAUCUCGUGGACUGUCAGCAGUGUAAGGGGCUGCCAUGGCCAAAACUCAUACAGUACAAAACAUCCCAGGGGAAAACUGGAGCUGUACCAGCUCCCACAAUACACAAUCCACACAAUGAGACAACUCUACAUACAGGUGCUUCUGGAGAACAACAUUUUACAUAAAAAAAUCCAUCUGAUAAGA